AUGUCUGUAUUGGUGUUACAUCCCUAUGAUAGUUGUGGCUUGGAAAACGGAAGAAAUAUUGGGUUACGCAAAAGGUGUAAUAGAAUUACUGGAAUAUAUAAGCUUAACAUUUCUCAAACACAUGAAUCCUGUGUACAGGGUAUAGCUAUUGAUGGAUUAAAUCAGCUGACUAUCUCUGCUGGCAGAGAGGGAGAUAUAAAGUUCUGGAAAUUUAAAGACAGAGUGAUGCUAGAAACGUGUAAACUGGACUCUACAGUUUCUAAAAUACUCCUUCACCGGGAAAGUUCUAUGUUGGCUGUUGCCCGGGAUGAUUUCCAUGUAUACAUCAUAGAUGCUGAUACCAGAAAAGUUGUGAGAAAAUUUGUAGGUCAUGAUAACAGAAUAACAGAUAUGACAUUCAGUACAGAUGCAAGAUGGUUAGUCACAGCAGCUAUGGAUUGUUCUCUCAGAGUCUGGGAUCUACCAACUGGCAGACCGAUUGAUUGUUUCUUAGUGGAUAGUGCUGUGACCUCACUCUCAAUGUCACCUACAUAUGAUUUCCUUGCCACAUGUCACCUUGAUGAUGUUGGGGUUUACCUCUGGGCAAACAAAACACUGUUUUCACAUGUGCCACUCACAGCUCUGCCAGCAAACUAUGAACCACAGAUAAUUGAAAUGCCAUCAACAAGAAAACAUACUGCAGCUGAGAGUGUCGAUGAAGAAGCCCAGGAUGAGGAGGAGGAAUUUAUCCGAGCCGAGUUCAAAUCUGCGGAGCAGAUCAGUCAUGAGUUAGUGACACUUUCUCUUCUGCCAAAUUCAAGAUGGCAGAAUCUGCUUAACUUAGAUAUAAUCAAGCAAAGAAACAAACCUAAAGAGCCACCUAAGGCCCCCAAGGCAGCUCCAUUCUUCCUACCAACUGUGGCAGGCCUGGAACCAAAGUUUGCUGUUGAUGAAGAUGCCAGUAAAAAAGAAGCUAAGUCAAAGUUGGAGGCAGGAAAUCUUAUGCCAUUGUGUACACUAGGACAGCUAUUGAAGAGAGGCAACUCAAGUAAAAAUUAUGAUAAAGUUUUGGAGUACAUGAAGACGCUCGGUCCGUCAGCUGUUGAUGUAGAGAUUCGCUCCCUGGCCCCGGAGAUGGGAGGAUCAGUAUCAGUCAUGUGCAGUUUCCUACAGUUUGUGCAGUCAGUCCUUGAUACCAACAAGAACUUUGAAAUAAUUCAAGCCUAUUUAGGGUUGUUUCUCAAGGUACAUAGUGAUAUAUUAUCCAGUGAGUCAGAGCUGGUGAAGGAACUGGAAAAGUUGUCAGCACUACAGUCUAGUUCAUGGUGUGCAGUUCAGGACUUAUUUAAUCAAACAUUAUGCCUAGUGAACUACCUUAGGACUGCAGUGAUAUGACACACGUAGAAAAAGAAAUAAAUGCAAAACUUGUGUUUUAAAAUUCUAUGAUUUUGGAAGUAUUCUGGAUUUGUCUGAAACUUUUCAGAGUAAAUUCGUUUAAAUUCCAUUGGAAGUUGAGUAAAGUUAGAUAUCAACAGGAUUUUUAUACUGCCAUAUGCAAAGUAUAUUGGGACUAUAUUGGAGUCACACAUGUCCUUCCUGCAAUCUGAUGGUCUGUUUGUCUGCCGAUCAUGUCCAAUCCAUAUUUUCUUAAAGGAAAUCUCUACAGGGUUUCAGUCAUUCAGAAUCAAUCAAAUUUGCUUAAACAUUCACAAAAUU